AGUUCGUUAUUUUUUGCGGCGCAGACACCGAGUGGUUAUUUCCUCAUCUUCCUUUUAAAAAGAAAAACCAGUUCUUCCUCUGGCAAUCCCCGCUCGUCUGCCCAGUACGAGCCAACAGCUGUUUUUUUAACGUUCUUUAACGGCAUACACACCGCAUAUAAGGUACGCAUCUUAAAAAAAAGAAACAGCAUUAACAAAAAGAAGGCAAGCUUUUUUUCUUCUAAUCGUCUCCUAGCGCCAGAAUGAUGUUUUCGCGAGUUGCCGUCGUCGCGCUGGCGCUGCUGCUCGGCACAAUCUGCGUGACCCACUCGGCCUUGGCCGGCCCCAUCCUGGAGGUUGCCGUGGACCACGCGAUCAUGUUCAACCGGCAGUUUGGCUCUCAAACAGACAUCCCCUACGGCAGCCGUGCGGUGUUGCUGCGCGGCGAGAUGGUGCGCUACGCCGCUGGCGCGUCGAGGACCUAUUCUGGCUACACCGUCUACGUCCCGUGCCGCGAGCACUUGAGCAAGUCCGCCGUGCAGCAACUCGCCGGGUCGACGCGGACGGCCUCCGCUGCGAAGGGGCUUGUGCUGGAGCUGUGCGAUACGGACACUGCGAAUGAGCAGGCACUCGCCCUCUUCUUCGCCACCGCCGCGGCGGACAUCCCCAUCUACUUUCUGCCGCGCGGCGAGGCGUCGCAGCAGCUGGCCAAGCUACUGACCUCCGCCGCAACCCACAGCGGCUCGACGGAUCGGGUGGUGCUGUCCAUCGGCAGUACGGUGCGGACCACCGCGCCAACCGCGAACCUCACGCUGCCCACCGCGCUCAUUGAAAGCACCUUCACCAACCGGCCCAAGGAGGCGCGGAAGCUGGGGGCUUCCUCGCUGCCGCACGUCCUCGUCACGGCACAUUUUGACUCCCUCGGGGUGGCGCCGACGGCGCUGACGAACGGCGGGGCGACGGGUGCGGUGGCGGCGAUGGAGCUGUGGCGCCGGCUGACGGCCGCCCCGACGGUGCAGGAGGACGGCGUGGCGGCUGGCACGUCGCCCUACGCGGUGACGAUGGUGCUGGGCAGCUCGUCUCGUUUCAACUACGCCGGCACGAAGUCGUGGGCCGCGCAGCACUCGGACGCCGAGCUGGACCGUUUCAAGGUGGUGCUGAGUCUGGAUGAACUUCUGUUGAGCCCCGACACGGCGGCCGACGCCGCAGACCUCUACCUGCACGUCCACGACUCUUUGCUGAAGCGCCCGCAUGGUCAGCAGGUGGUGGAGCAGGCGGAGGCCGUGGCGAAGGCGCACGGUAUCUCCCUGAAGGUCGUCCCGGGAAAGACGAACUACCAGCAUUACGACCUCAAGUUCGAGCACGAGGUCUUUGCCAGCCGGCAGAUGACCGCCAUCACGCUCUCCGCGCGUCGCACCCACCACGUGGAUCAGAUCUUCCGCGACGUGCGGCGGCCGCCCUUCACCGCUGCGGACACCGCAGAGCUGACGAAGCGAGUCAACUUUGUCGAGGCCCUCGUCCGCGUGCUUGUGUCGGCGGGCGACAAGGAUGCGUCGCUGCAGUGGCCGGGCUCUGCUUCCUACGUCAUGGGGAUGUUGCACUACGCGAGCAUCUCGCACCGCUCCACCGUCUCCCACAGCGGCGCGGACUUGAAACAGUACGCGACGGCAGUGGAGCAUCAGAUGCGGGCGCAGGCGUCGGUGGCUCAGCGUGCGGGCUCGAGCACGGCGACAUCGACUGUGACCUUCCUGCGUCUGCGCAUGCCGAGCAUUACCCUCUCUGGCCCGUAUGAGGAGAAGAUGGCCGUGUUCUUAGCCAAGUCCUACCUUUUUGAGUGCGGUGUAGCGGCCGUGACGCUGGUGGCGGUGCUUGCGUUUCUCUAUGUGGAGCUCGGCGUGUCGGGCAUCAAGAGUCUCGUACUGGAUUAA